GCAUUGGACAGCUUAUUCGAUCAGCAUAGAUGUUUUCCUUCAUAAAGGCUUUUGUAAUUGUUUCAAAAUUUCAACUCGGUCAUGGCACUAAAUUUCAAAACGUUUCGUCUGUUGUCCGCAGACAGCUUUAGAUCCGCUUGCAACUACUUACAAAGGCUGCGUUACUUUUCCAGUAGGAAGCUGCCACCCUCCCAAAGCAAUGAUCCGCAUUGCCACCCCGUAGACGACAAUUGUGAGUCAGCACGCAAUGCUUUCAAGUACGUGCUGCCCUUCAACAAGAACAUGAAGGAUAUUAAGAGGCAGAAGCAGGAGAACCUACUAGAGAUGCCAUGCUGUGUUCUGCGAUCUGCGGCCACGGAGCCCUGUUCGUCUAGCUCUAGGAAGCGCAAGCGAGAAGAGAAGAAGCCGCCACAUAAAUCCAUGUGGGAGCCACCCUUUCGUCCAUAUGAGGCAUACUGCAAGGACAUGUUGCCCCGCUUUGAUGCAAUAUACUACAAGCCGUCGAACAAGUCUAAAUUAUAUCAGCGUACGUGGCUUGAAUGUCCGCCAGUGAGGGAACGCUUUAAGAAGGUUUGCUGCCUGGAUGGCAUUCAGCCACCGGAGGUGGAGAAGCGUGUCAAAGUGAAGUGUCCUUCGGUAGCCUGCAGGUUCGACUACUCGCGCAUGCGUCACAUCUAUUACAACAGGGAUAUUGACCCGACAGCAAAAUGCAGCAAGAUUCAAUUGCCUUGCUGCAAGGCAGUGCGCGGCACCAGCGACUGUCGUCGCACAAGAAAAAAGGAGAUCUGCAGAAGGUUGCGGCCUCCCCUUCCAUGUUAUUCAGAUCUACAUAGGCACGACAAACCGCGAAGCCGUUUCGAAUGCCCCGUACGAAAAAUUUCAAUUUGCGAAGCCUUCCAUCUACAACGAAGACGCAAAGUGUUUGGCAUCAAGGAUUCCUACUGCUAGUAUAGCUACGGCCUAGAUUAAUGUAUGAUUUCUGACCGCACGGUCCAUCAUCGUCAAUCUGCACCAGAGCUGUUAACUGGCUAGUGCAGGAGUCGUCAAAGCCUUACAGCCGGACAGACCUGAUCUUGACCUUGAUGAUAUCAUGGUACAAAUCAAGAAUUGCAACAGUCAAUAUUUAUUUAUUCCUUUCUGAAUGUCGAUUUUAAUAAAAAUUAAGAAGACAAUCUAAAAUCAGUUUCGUGUAUAUUGAUGACAUAUUUUAAGGCUCUGUGAUAAUAAUUUUAGCUGAAAAAUAACCAGUUCCAUCCUCCAGUCUCUGCAGUGCACGUAGAAGCGCAUACCGCAUUAUUUGCCUCGAAUGCUUAUCAUCCAUUGUGGUGUCAAUGACGGUUCUCCCUAAACUGUCACUGCUUAUGUUUAUCUGUGUUUUGCUG